UAAUCAGUAGUUAACUAUUUUCUCAAUGAAAAUGUUUAUUGGAGUGAGUCAAUGUUGUACAUAGUUCUGUGAAUCUUUGGUAUAAGGUGUAGGAACGAAACAUGGUCGAUAGGCUGGUUAACAGUGAAGCUAAUGCGCGACGCAUUGCCAUGGUGGAGAGCUGCUUCGGCAGUUCGGGACAGCCACUGGCAGUACCAGGGAGAGUCCUAGUAGGAGAAGGAGUCCUUACAAAGAUGUGUCGCAAAAAACCGAAAGCUCGACAGUUUUUCCUGUUUAAUGACAUACUUGUUUAUGGCAACAUCGUCAUUAACAAGAAAAAGUAUAAUAAACAGCACAUCAUACCGCUUGAAGAAGUGAAACUGGAAUCACUUGAAGAUGAUGGACAAUUCAGAAAUGGGUGGCUAAUUCGCACAGCAUCUAAAUCUUUUGCGGUGUACGCUGCGACAUCGACAGAGAAACAGGAAUGGAUGGCACAUAUCAACAAGUGUAUUGAAGAUUUGCUGCGGAAAAGUGGUAAAAAGGCGGUAGAAGUUCAUGCUGCUGUCUGGGUACCUGAUUCUGAGGCUGCUGUCUGCAUGCACUGUAAAAAAACUCAGUUUACUGUGCUGAAUCGACGGCACCAUUGUCGAAAGUGCGGGGCAGUUGUGUGUGGUCCUUGUUCUAACAAAAGAUUUCUUUUGCCAAACCAGUCAUCAAAACCUCUUAGAGUGUGCUUGAAUUGUUACGACACAUUAUCACGUGCAAAAACUAGACCGCCAAACAGUACAGUUUCAUCACCUGACGGUUCAUUCACAAAAGACUUAAAGGAAAGAAAUGGAUCUGGAGAAUCAUCAGGAGAAGAAGACUCAGAUGAAGAUGAGGAACCUAAUCGUUCACAGCAAGAAUCUACUCAUGAUGAGCCAAAAUUCUAUGGGGUGUCUGAAGGAGCAGAAGAAAACAAGCAAGACAAAUGAGCAGCUUGAAAGUGAUCACUUAUUGUUAAGUUUGAUUAUGGCCCAGUGUGCUAGUAAUAUUGUAUCAAAGCAGCUCAUAAUUUCACUUUCACUGUGAGGGAAUAUGUAAGAUAGCACUGGAGGAAGAAAGUUUUCUGGAGCUAUGUGACAGCUUAAUCAUGUGGCACCUACUUUAUAAAGUUGUCAGCACAUAUGUUGCUGUUAUCUGCUUCUUUUUUAGUGGAGUCUCAGUACUGCAAAACUUCAUAGUGUGUAGCUAACUUCAGAAGUGUACUAAGCAUGUAAUUUCUAUUGAGCAUUUUUUGCUCUCUUGCCUAUCACAGUACUUUUUCUUUUUUUCUCCUGUCUCACUUAAAUGAGACAUUUGUUGAUAUUAGAACUGUAUAUUUUUAAACAGCUCUGUAUAUAUAUAUAUAUAGAUAUAUUGUUGUUUUUUGUAUUUCACUUAUACCUUUGUAUUAUUUUGUAAGUGUUAUGGA